CGCCGCCAUUUUCCCAGAGCGAGAGGCAGUGACACUGAGCGGGCGCAGGGGGCCGAGUGGGAGACCGUACCGGAGUUCGGGAGCGGCAACAGAGUGGGCAUAGACACUCCGAGCAGCCUCGCCGUCGUCUCUGCGUUCCUGUUGACUGCCUAGGUGCCCCCUCCCCUACUCGGUUCCUGGUGAAGAGGCUGCGCGCUGCUGUUUGGGGAGGGGGUGUGUGGAGCCGGGUCCUGUGUCCGCAGUGGCUGCUGUCGGGGGUCGCCUGUUUGCGGAGGUGCGGAGAGACUCCUUGGGGGUCGAGCACAUAACGGAGUUCGGGUGUCUCGUGUGUGAACAUCACAGGUCUAUUCUGGAUAAGCAGGUUUUGUGAAGACAUUUAUUCUUUCUUGGACCUCAGAUUUACCAGACAUCUCAUGGGUUUGUGGAUGCACUUAGAUGUUUGCAAUGAGCACUGUGGCUGGCAUGCCCCAGUGUUUUGGAUACCAAUGCAUAGGACUCCAUAGUAAUCGAAUUUACCAGAGGCGAACGUCAUGAGCAUAGUGAUCCCAUUGGGGGUUGAUACAGCAGAGACGUCAUACUUGGAAAUGGCUGCAGGUUCAGAACCAGAAUCCGUAGAAGCUAGUCCUGUGGUAGUUGAGAAAUCCAACAGUUAUCCCCACCAGUUAUAUACCAGCAGCUCACAUCAUUCACACAGUUACAUUGGUUUGCCCUAUGCGGACCAUAAUUAUGGUGCUCGUCCUCCUCCAACACCUCCGGCUUCCCCUCCUCCAUCAGUCCUUAUUAGCAAAAACGAAGUAGGCAUAUUUACCACUCCUAAUUUUGAUGAAACUUCCAGUGCUACUACAAUCAGCACAUCUGAGGAUGGAAGUUAUGGUACUGAUGUAACCAGGUGCAUAUGUGGUUUUACACAUGAUGAUGGAUACAUGAUCUGUUGUGACAAAUGCAGCGUUUGGCAACAUAUUGACUGCAUGGGGAUUGAUAGGCAGCAUAUUCCUGAUACAUAUCUAUGUGAACGUUGUCAGCCUAGGAAUUUGGAUAAAGAGAGGGCAGUGCUACUACAACGCCGGAAAAGGGAAAAUAUGUCAGAUGGUGAUACCAGUGCAACUGAGAGUGGUGAUGAGGUUCCUGUGGAAUUAUAUACUGCAUUUCAGCACACUCCAACAUCAAUUACUUUAACUGCUUCAAGAGUUUCCAAAGUUAAUGAUAAAAGAAGGAAAAAAAGUGGGGAGAAAGAACAACACAUUUCAAAAUGUAAAAAGGCAUUUCGUGAAGGAUCUAGGAAGUCAUCAAGAGUUAAGGGUUCAGCUCCAGAGAUUGAUCCUUCAUCUGAUGGUUCAAAUUUUGGAUGGGAGACAAAGAUCAAAGCAUGGAUGGAUCGAUAUGAAGAAGCAAAUAACAACCAGUAUAGUGAGGGUGUUCAGAGGGAGGCACAAAGAAUAGCUCUGAGAUUAGGCAAUGGAAAUGACAAAAAAGAGAUGAAUAAAUCAGAUUUGAAUACUAACAGUUUGCUCUUCAAACCUCCUGUAGAGAGCCAUAUACAAAAGAAUAAGAAAAUUCUUAAAUCUGCAAAAGAUUUGCCUCCUGAUGCACUUAUCAUUGAAUACAGAGGGAAGUUUAUGUUGAGAGAACAGUUUGAAGCAAAUGGGUAUUUCUUUAAAAGACCAUACCCUUUUGUGUUAUUCUACUCUAAAUUUCAUGGACUAGAAAUGUGUGUUGAUGCAAGGACUUUUGGGAAUGAGGCUCGAUUCAUCAGGCGGUCUUGUACACCCAAUGCAGAGGUGAGGCAUGAAAUUCAAGAUGGAACCAUACAUCUUUAUAUUUAUUCUAUACAAAGUAUUCCAAAAGGAACUGAAAUUACUAUUGCCUUUGAUUUUGACUAUGGGAAUUGUAAGUACAAGGUGGACUGUGCAUGCCUCAAAGAAAACCCAGAGUGCCCUGUUCUAAAACGUAGUUCUGAAUCCAUGGAAAAUAUCAGUAGUGGUUAUGAGACCAGACGGAAAAAAGGAAAAAAAGACAAAGAUAUUUCAAAAGAAAAAGAUACACAAAAUCAGAAUAUUACUUUGGAUUGUGAAGGAACAACCAACAAAAUGAAGAGCCCAGAAACUAAACAAAGAAAGCUUUCUCCACUGAGACUGUCAGUAUCAAAUAAUCAGGAACCAGAUUUUAUUGAUGAUAUAGAAGAAAAAACUCCUGUUAGUAAUGAAGUAGAAAUGGAGUCAGAGGAGCAGAUUGCAGAAAGGAAAAGGAAGAUGACAAGAGAAGAAAGAAAAAUGGAAGCAAUUUUGCAAGCUUUUGCCAGACUUGAAAAGAGAGAGAAAAGAAGAGAACAAGCUUUGGAAAGGAUCAGCACAGCCAAAACUGAAGUUAAAACUGAAUGUAAAGAUACACAGAUUGUCAGUGAUGCUGAAGUUAUUCAGGAACAAGCAAAAGAAGAAAAUGCUAGCAAGCCAACCCCUGCCAAAGUAAAUAGAACUAAACAGAGAAAAAGUUUUUCUCGGAGUAGGACUCACAUUGGACAGCAGCGUCGGAGACACAGAACUGUCAGCAUGUGUUCGGAUAUCCAGCCAUCUUCUCCUGAUAUAGAAGUUACUUCACAACAAAAUGAUAUUGAAAAUACUGUACUUACAAUAGAACCAGAAACUGAAACUGCACUAGCAGAAAUAAUUACUGAAACUGAAGUUCCAGCACUUAAUAAAUGUCCUACAAAGUACCCCAAAACAAAGAAGCACUUGGUCAAUGAAUGGUUAAGUGAGAAGAAUGAGAAGACAGGAAAACCUUCAGAUAGCCUUUCAGAAAGGCCUCUGCGCAUAACUACAGAUCCUGAAGUGUUAGCUACACAACUCAAUUCUUUACCAGGUCUCACUUACAGCCCCCAUGUAUACUCUACUCCUAAGCAUUAUAUUAGAUUUACUUCACCAUUCCUCUCAGAAAAAAGGAGAAGAAAAGAACCUACUGAAAACAUUUCUGGUUCAUGCAAGAAGCGAUGGUUGAAACAAGCUCUGGAAGAAGAAAAUUCAGCAAUUUUACAUAGAUUUAAUUCACCCUGUCAAGAAAGAUCCAGAAGUCCUGCAGUCAAUGGUGAAAAUAAAAGUCCACUACUAUUAAAUGACAGCUGUUCCCUUCCAGAUUUAACUACACCACUAAAAAAACGAAGAUUUUAUCAGUUGCUAGAUUCGGUUUACUCAGAAACCUCCACACCUACUCCUUCCCCGUAUGCUACACCAACUCACACCGAUAUUACUCCUAUGGACCCAUCUUUUGCCACGCCUCCACGGAUAAAAUCAGAUGAUGAAACUUGUAGAAAUGGUUAUAAACCCAUAUAUUCACCAGUUACCCCAGUAACUCCUGGCACACCAGGAAAUACCAUGCACUUUGAGAAUAUUUCUUCCCCAGAAAGUUCUCCAGAAAUAAAGAGACGCACUUAUAGUCAAGAGGGAUAUGACAGAUCUUCAACCAUGUUAACAUUGGGGCCUUUCAGAAAUUCUAAUUUAACUGAACUGGGUCUGCAAGAAAUAAAGACUAUUGGUUAUAUGAGCCCUAGGAGUAGGACUGAAGUCAACAGGCAGUGCCCUGGAGAAAAGGAACCGAUGUCAGAUCUUCAGCUGGGACUCGAUGCAGUUGAGCCAACUGCCCUACAUAAAACCCUGGAAACGCCUGCACAUGACAGGGCUGAGCCCAACAGCCAACUGGACUCGACUCACUCUGGACGGGGCACAAUAUAUUCUUCCUGGGUAAAGAGCCCUGACAGAACAGGAGUUAACUUCUCAGUGAACUCCAACUUGAGGGACCUGACACCCUCGCAUCAGUUGGAGGUUGGAGGAGGCUUCCGAAUAAGUGAGUCAAAGUGCCUGAUGCAGGAUGAUACUAGAGGCAUGUUUAUGGAAACAACUGUGUUUUGUACUUCCGAAGAUGGGCUUGUAUCUGGUUUCGGACGGACUGUUAAUGACAAUUUGAUCGACGGGAGUUGCACACCCCAGAAUCCACCACAAAAGAAAAAGGUUUCUCUAUUAGAAUACCGUAAGAGACAACGUGAAGCUAGGAAAAGUGGCUCUAAGACAGAGAACUUUCCACUCAUUAGUGUAUCACCCCAUGCAAGUGGAAGCUUGAGCAACAAUGGUGAUGGCUGUGCCAGCAGUAAUGAGAACGGGGAGCAGGUGGAACACACUGCUAGCCUACCUUUACCAACACCAGCUACGGUUUAUAAUGCCACUUCUGAAGAAACUAGCAAUAACUGCCCUGUUAAGGAUGCUACUGCCAGUGAGAAGAAUGAACCAGAAGUUCAAUGGACUGCCUCAACUUCAGUGGAACAAGUCAGAGAAAGGAGUUAUCAGAGAGCUUUACUUCUCAGCGAUCACCGAAAAGAUAAAGAUAGUGGGGGAGAAUCACCAUGUGUCUCAUGUUCACCGAGUCAUGUUCAGUCUUCACCUUCAUCUCAUUCAAAUCACAUUCCCCAGUUGCAAGCUAAGGGCCCAGUCCCUUCUUUCAGUGAACUUAUGGAAGACCCUGAUCCUGAAAAUCCAGAACCCACAACUACAAGUGAAUGUCCAUCCCCAGAUACUUCUCAGAAUACUUGUAAAAGUCCUUCAAAAAUGAGCAAGCCUGGUUCACCUGGAUCCGUAAUUCCUGCUCAAGCACACGGGAAAAUAUUCACAAAACCAGAUCCCCAAUGGGACUCCACAGUUACUGCAUCCGAAGCUGAAAACGGUGUUCACCUAAAAACAGAGCUCCAACAAAAACAGCUGUCGAAUAACAGCCAAGCACUUUCAAAGAAUCAUCCUCCUCAGACACACGUUCGUAAUUCAUCUGAGCAACUUUCACAAAAGCUGCCUUCUGCACCAACGAAGUUGCACUGUCCUCCAUCACCUCACCUAGAAAAUCCUCCAAAGUCAUCCACGCCUCACACACCUGCACAGCAUGGUUAUCUUUCACCAAAGCCUCCUUCACAGCAGUUAGGAUCUCCCUACAGGCCUCAUCAUUCACAGUCACCUCAAGUUGGAACACCUCAGCGAGAGCCUCAGAGAAACUUUUAUCCAGCAGCACAGAACCUUCAAACCAAUACUCAGCAGGCAACUUCUGGAACAUUAUUUACACAGACACCCUCAGGACAAUCUGCAGCAACAUACAGUCAGUUUAACCAACAAAGUCUGAACAGCACGGCACCACCCCCUCCACCUCCUCCACCUCCUUCUUCUUCGUCUUACUAUCAAAACCAGCAGCCCUCUGCAACCUUUCAGAAUUAUAAUCAGCUCAAAGGUAGUCUUUCUCAACAAACUGUGUUUACAUCAGGACCAAAUCAAGCACUUCCUGGCACCACAAGCCAGCAAACAGUUCCAGGACAUCAUGUGACUCCAGGGCAUUUUUUGCCCUCUCAGAACCCUACCAUUCACCAUCAAACUGCUGCUGCUGUAGUCCCCCCUCCUCCUCCACCACCGCCUGCUCCAGGACCGCACCUUGUACAACAGCCGAAUUCCCAUCAGCAACACUCUGUAGCACAUGUAGUAGGGCCUGUUCAUGCGGUCACCCCUGGGUCGCAUAUUCAUUCUCAAACUGCUGGACACCACUUACCCCCACCCCCACCCCCUCCCGGUCCUGCCCCUCAUCACCAUCCACCACCCCAUCCUUCCACAGGACUCCAAGGUCUACAAGCACAACACCAGCAUGUUGUAAAUUCAGCACCCCCACCACCCCCUCCGCCGCCACCUUCCAGUGUUUUGGCUUCUGGGCAUCAUACCACAUCGGCUCAAGCCUUACACCACCCACCUCAUCAAGGACCUCCACUUUUUCCUUCGAGUGCUCAUCCAGCUGUACCACCGUAUCCCUCACAAGCUACACAUCAUACCACUUUGGGACCGGGACCCCAGCACCAGCCUUCUGGAACAGGGCCACAUUGUCCAUUACCUGUCACAGGUCCUCAUCUCCAGCCCCAAGGACCAAACAGUAUUCCAACACCUACUGCUUCAGGGUUCUGUCCUCAUCCUGGCUCUGUGGCCCUGCCACAUGGGGUUCAAGGACCUCAGCAGGCAUCUCCAGUGCCUGGACAGAUUCCAAUUCACAGAGCACAGGUGCCACCAACAUUUCAAAACAAUUACCAUGGGUCAGGGUGGCAUUAAAAUGGACUCCAAAAACAUUUUUUUAAAUGUUCUGUAAGAUAAACUGUAUAUUUCAUAUGUACCUGUUAAGGUACUUUUUAAAGCUUGUACAUGAACCUUUGUAUAAAAAACACCAGUGCUCUUUCAUUGUAUUUUUCUCAUUUUUGCUUUUUGAAAUUCCUUUUAAAAAUGUGCUGUUAAGCCAGUAUUAGGUAUCUUUAUUUUGUAAGUGAACAUUCCAGCUGUUUUUUCUGGCAGAUCUGAUGCUGAUUUGAUGCUGUAUGAUCUUUACAUUUUAUUGUUGCAGUUAAAUUCAUUUAGUGAAUGUUCUAUUAUUUUAUACCUACACAUUAAGUACUCAGCUAAGUAAUGGCACUAUGAGGAUUUUCUUUUCUCCCCUUUCCUGUCAGCAGCAGUUCUGUGAAUGCAUCUUAGGUAUAAAAAUGGCAAUACAGAUUUUUAUAUUUUGGUGUGGACAUGGCUCAUUUUUGUUUUACCAGUUAUUUGCAAGCAAAAUGUAAUUUAAUGUAUAGAUGAUUUCUAAUGUCUCCUGACAAACUGUAAAUACUGCAUUUCUUUUGCGUAUAUAAUUGCUUACAGCUUUUCUCAUUUGAUAUAUAGCAUUGUACAUAUGACAAGUCUUUUGCAAAACUGUGUGAUCUUUGUGAAAGUAGUACAGUAUAUGACCUUUAAUUUCUUUUUUAUUUUAAAUAUACUGUCACAUUGAGGCACUGGUUGGGCAUUUUAAUUCAUGUUAAUAAAUCACAAUUAUGUCAGUUUUACCAAAUUGUCCUGUACAACUUCUAAGAUCGGGGUCUGUGUGUUUCUACAGAAGUUCUAGUUUUCAAAUAUAGUUUGUAAGGAGCCUUCAAUUUUCUUUAGCAACUACUACCUCAGCAACAGGAGGCAGCAAGGGGUUGUUUGCAUUUUUGCAGGAGCCAUAGGAAACUACUGAAAUGAUCGUGCUGGGUCAAUUAAGGAUGUGGCAUCAUACAAAAUGAAUCCAGACCACUAAUGCAUUACAGUAGUUCUUGAAUACAAUGUGCAACAACUGUUUGAAAAUAUGGGUAGUUUGCCCAAAACAGGAAAACUUGUCUUGGGUAUACAAAACUAAAGAAAAAAGGCAUUAUUCCUAGAUCUCUCAGUGAAAUGAAAACGGCCUCUUAAGUGAACGUUUUUAUUGCUAAAAUAUAAAAUGCUAGUUAUAAUCUUGGAAAAAUUAAAAUUUCCCAGCCUUUGUCUUCUACCUCUGAGGAGGAUUCAGUAAGUACAUCCAAUAAUAAUGAUACUGUUUAUCAACACAUUUUUCCUCAUCCAAUUACCUGACAUAAUUUGGCACAGGAUACAAAUUCUGUGCAUCAGAGAAAGUAAACACUAAAAUGACUGAGUGACCCCCUUCAGUCAUGUUUUCACACUUUGAAUUUCUUUUGAAAAUUAGCUAACAAACAAUGGUACAUUAACGCAGUUCAUUUAGGGCUCAAUCCUAAUCAGCUUGAAAUUUUAGAGGAACUUAGGCCAAGUUUGCCAUCCUCGAUUUGUCCAACAAAAUUCUAUGUAUGGUAUUUAUAGUAAAGAAACAUUUGAGAAGAAACAGUUUUACACCAUCUAUCCUGAUAGUUUCAAACAGAAUAAAGGUAACUAGUGUGUGAAAUAUAAAUAUUCUUCUUAAAAGGU